UGUAAUCUGUGCUUCAAAGUCAAAUAUUAAUGUAAGAUUUUAAUAAUAUUUAGUUUAUUCGAUUUUUCCCAAAUCGAUUUCAUUGAUAAAUAACUGUGAUUUGUAAAACAAAACUAUUAUAAUCUUCUUGGUAUUAGAAAAACUGUAAUUAUAGAUAUUUAACAAAAUUUUGUUGUAAAACCACCUGUCUUGUGUUUGACAUACCCAUCGUAAAUAAGUAUUAUUCUUGGAUUUUGCGCGGGAAGUGAACUGCAAUUGAGGAGUAUUGGAAUGAUAAUUGUUUAUUUUAGCAACUAAAGAUGACCGACGCAUUGUGCCAUUUAGUUGUAGACGGAAACGAAGUUUUGGAGUUCAAAUUAGUGAGAUGCAUAGAAGAUAUAGAAAAUGAUGACACCAGUUUUGGGCCAGAAAUGUGUCAUCAAGUCUUUGGAGACAAUGAGAAAAUAUUUGGCUACACAGACCUGCAUAUUAAGCUUUAUUACAGUGCAGGGAGCCUUCAAACAUAUCUUGGUAUUGAAUAUACAGAUAAGAUUGAACCGAGUAAAUCCGAUGGAAUGAAAGCAGAUGAUGUAGAAGGAGCAUUAAAAAAAAUUCUGGCUCCUGGAUACGUAACAAAUUUGGACCGUUUUAUUUCAUUGUUAGCUAAAGAUGAGUCAUUUGUACCACAUGGUCACCUACUACAUGCUUUCACAGUGACGCCUGAUGAUGGUGGAGAUAAGAGAACAUUUGAAGUAUACUAUUCUGAAACAUCCACACCAGGUUUCCUCGCUUUUCAUGAACAAUUACAGACUUUUCUUCUAUGGUAUGUUGAUGCUGCAUGUUUCAUUGAUGUAGAUGAUGAUCAGUGGAAUUUUUUCACAGUAUUUGAAAAGUAUGCCACCAGUGAAGGCGAAUGGCGAUACGCGACCGCGGCAUAUGCAACAGUAUAUCGCUAUUACGCCUACCCGCGCCAUGCUCGUCCUCGUAUCUCCCAGGUUUUAACGCUACCGCCCUUCCGUAAGCUGGGACUCUGCGCGCAAUUGUUGCAGGCUAUCUACUCACAUUUUAUAAUUUUACCUGAAGUUGUGGAUAUUACCGUGGAAGAUCCAUCACAGGAUUUUCAGAGGAUUAGAGAUUAUGUUGAUGCCAAAAACUGUGAAAAUUUACCAGCUUUCCAACCUGCCAAACUACUUCAAGGUUUUUCUACGGAGAUGGCAAAUCAAGCCUGUUCAAAGUUCAAGAUAAAUAAGAAACAGGCGCGGCGAGUGUACGAGAUAUUACGACUGAAGAAUACUAAUACUUCGGACAAGACUGCUUAUUUGGCUUAUAGAUUAGUUGUGAAGAAUAGACUUAAUGCUCCAUAUCAAAAAAAGAAAUUAGAGAUGAAAAAGCUCCAAAAAGUGUUGUCGCCGGAAGAAUAUACGGCCACCAUAACUGCUGCAGGAGUCAACGAGACGCAGAGUCGUCUUGCAAGUCAGUACAUAGCCCUCGAGUAUGAAUAUCGCCGCGUCAUACACCGGAUGGAGCAUUGUUAGACCGGCGCGAUUUUAUUCAGAAAACUUAACAAAUAAUAAAAUAAAAAAUAUAUUUCAAAUACAAUUAAAAAUUGUUCAUGGAUUACGAUAUGGGAUUUGAACAAGUCCUAGUCUGAUUGAUUUCUUAUUAUUUUAAAUACUUGAGUCGAUCUCAUUUAAAGUUUCUGAUCAUUUUUUUUUUCACAUAAUUGCAUGGUAUAUACCAUUACAAAAAAAGUUUUUUUUCUAUUUGCUGCCAUUGCAGAGUUGCUGUUAGAAAAUGAAUAAAUUAUAGAUAUAAUGGUUAAUGAAAUUUGACGGUUAAUUAAUGUUAAUUUAAAGCCGUUUCUUUAACUGAAUUUUCAAAAUUUACAUUGUAGCGGCUCUGUUGGGUUUAAUGAUUAAAAUUUUUAAAAUAAAUGUGAUUU